UUUAAGCUGCCGUAUAAGCGGGCUAAAAUGAUAGAUUAUAAAGGUUGGGAUUUGAGAACGUGGCUGUUGGCCAUAGCAACGGGGUAGCCGCAUUAACGAGGUUUUCUGAUAAGAAGAUGUGUUGGCCUUUCGCCGGGACAAAGAAAUGGCCGUAAUAACGAGGUGAUCGUAAGGCGUGGUUCCACUUAUUUUCAACUGUUAUAUUAAUUGAUAAACCAUAACUCAAAAUGCGCCCCUUUGUUUCCUUCACCUGUGGGGUACCGAAGUUGUUCGUUCUCACUUACAUGAGGUUCUUUUUACCCAUUAUCUCAUACUCUCUCGACAGGCGAAAAUAGCGCACAAUCUCGAUUAAUCUUUUCAUUUCUUUAACAUUGUGGAAAUUAACGCGAGGCAAUGUUGACAAAUAACUCAAAGCAACUGGCGUAUCUAUCCUGACGAUCUCUUUUCAGCACAAAUAUGACUUCGUAAUCCAAUUAGUCUCCCGUAAUGUUUUUAAACAUUAUAAUUAUAUACACCCAGUCGCGCAAAACAGCUAUGACGCUCAAUUGGUUGUGUCAUAAGCGACAUAUUAAAUUCUCAGUGAGAUAGGAGGCUGCAAGAUGACCAAGGCUACGUUUUUCAACAACUGAUUAGAUGCGUUCCAUAAUAACUUCAAUUUUCACCACCAAGAACAAUGGCGAACAUUAAUGGUGACGGCAAUUUCACAAGCAGACUGAACCAAGUACUCAGCGCAUCAAUACUAGGAACACUUGCAUAUAUUUCAGCCUUCGACAUUUUUCUAUCCAUCACUGCAUGUCUGGGAAAUACUCUGAUUCCCGUUUCUCUACGUAAAGCCACUUCUGUUCAUCCUCCGACCAAACUUCUCUUUCGAUGUCUGGCGGUCACUGAUCUUGGAGUUGGCCUUAUCGUGCAACUACUAUAUGCAACCCUCAUUAUGUCUCCCUUGAUAAAGAUGAACGGGAUAUUUAUGAUAAGCCGAGUUCGUGUUGCCCAAAGCUGGAUUUUUUGUGGAGUAUCUAUCUUAACGUCGGCCGCAAUUAGCGUGGACAGACUUCUCGCCCUGUUGUUGGGACUGAGAUACAGACAUAUAGUAACAUUAAGGCGAGUCCGUGUAGUUAUAAUUUGUUUUUGGUUUAUUGGUGUUUCUCUUGGAUCAACCCGCAUUCCCAGAAGCGAUGUCGCCCUCAAAGCUGCCUCUACCCUCGUUUCCCUUCCUCUGGUAAUUUCGAUUUUUUGCUACACAAGGAUUUUCUUCAAAUUACGACAUCAACAAGCCCAAGUACAAAGCCAUGUCCCUCAAGUACAAGCAAACGAACGAGAGAUUCCAGUGAACGUAGUAAGAUACAAAAAAUCAGUUUCUAGCAUAUUGUGGGUGCAGUUAGUAUUAGUUGCCUGCUAUGCUCCUUGGGGCAUUGCCGUUGUGCUAUCUGUCAGCGGAAUAGAAAAUAUUGAGUCAUGGCUAGUUACACUGACUCUGGCCUACUUUAACUCAUCUCUAAACCCGAUCUUGUAUUGUUGGAAGAUCAGAGCAGUGAGACAAGCAGUGAAAGACACGAUAAGACAGCUUAGCUGUUUAAGUUUUUUUUUAAAUAAUUAGCUGUACAAAUCAAAAUAAGCUGCAAAGAAAAAUAACACAGGCUAGAAAUAACGAAAGAAAAGAGGAUUUUAGGUACGUUUAUUUGUUACAAGCUGCAAUUUGUUACAAGCUGCAAUGCUGAGACAGUUUAAUUAAACCUUACAUUGAUUAUUUGAAUAUUUAACACAAUAUUACCGUUGUUUCAUUUUAAGCUCAUUAUUCAAAGCCUUAAAAGCAAUAUUUAGCUCCCAGUGGGGAGAGGAAAAUUAAUCGCUUGGCUCAAGAGACCAUAUAAAAGCAAGGAGUAUCAGGGGGAUAGUUUUCCAUUGCCAGUUUUCAUGUGACGUCAACAUAUGUUUUAUUCCCAUCAAAUCUAAGAGUAAUAACGUUUCUCACGUUUUUAAACAUAUACUUUAGCAGGAAGUGUCGAGAAAAUUAAAGUUACAAAACUAAAAUAUUUAAUCACAGUGUGGCUUCAAAUCUAACCCUCUAUAACGAAAAGACGUCUGAUAGGAGCUUGUAUUUACAGUUGCCGUAUUAUUAGUAAUAGUAAUUGGACCGAGUGGAGUACAAUUCAGGGAGUAAUCGCGCGAGUAAUUUCAAAAUCGAACGAGCGCGAAACGCGAGGCCGAUUUACAAUUACGAGUACGAUUACUCCCUGAAUUGUACGACACUAGGUCCAAUUACCAAUUAAUCACAUGUAUAACAAAUUCGGAAUGAAAAUGUCUUUUGAGAACUUCUUUCGAGCGAAACGUCUA